AUGAGAGGCAACAUAAACAAACUAAAGAUGCUAAUUCAUUAACUGUUGUUGUUGACCGCGUGCAGUUUAAAGGUAUCAUAGAAAUUUUAUAGUAUUUUUAUAUCUUCUAAAUACGCUGUUGUCCGAUUAUUUUGUCGGAAUAGAAUUUGGACGAGUGCCAGUCAAGGAAACUGUGCUGAAUACUAUUACUAGAAUGCCGGAGAAUACGUUAACAAGCUCUGGUCCGAUUGAUAUUUUUACAAAGCGUAAGAGAUCACGAUGCGAUUCAACAAGUAGCUUGUCUUCAAACAGUCCUCCAAUCCAGAGAACACUAGAACUCAAUGGCGUUAUAGAAGUUCUUAAAGAGUAUGAAAGUAUAGAAGGAAAUGACAUCAACUGCUGUAUGUGCGGUGAGUGUAUAUACGAUUUAUAGUUUAGUUUCACUUCUGAGCUUGAAACCAAAAUAAAAUUUUACCCGAGCUUGUGUGUGUGUGUUUACAUUCGUUUCCGAUUAAAGAUGUCUGCAGCAGUUGUUGAUUUUUACGCAGUCCAAUGUGUUCUGACACUUUAUUGUGACUGGUGAGCAAGAUAACUACAAGUAAUUGUAGACGGAAUUAACAGUAUUCUGUAAUGUUUGGAGAUUCUUAAUAUUAUCGAUGCAUAAUUUACGUAUAGAAGUAUUGGCGUGUAGUCACUGUAGUGAUAAUGUUGUCAACUAUUACACACUUACUGUAACACAUAACUUGAACCUUCAAGUUUAUCCUAGUUUUAUACCUUUUCGAAACAAACGAACGAAAUAAAUGAACUAUAUCACAUAGUUUUGUAUAACGCUUAGGUUUAAGAAAACAUUUUGAAUAUUAUACAAGUGUCUGGAUUAUAUUACAGUCUCGUGACUCGCAUUGUAGACACUUAAUUUUUAAUGGUUUUCAUUUUGAAACGAAACGAACUUAAAAGUUGUCGAAAACCUUAUUGCAUUGAGUUUAGAAUUUCAACAUAGAAAUAUAAUGUAAUAUAUAUUAUAUUAUGCCUAGAUUUUAAAUUAUUACUGAAGUCGGUACGAAUCUGGCGAGCAUAUAUAGCCAGACGCCCACAUCGUGUUCUCCACUGUGUCUGUGGACUCUCUGUGUGCACAUGUUAUAACACUAGGUAUAUUAUAUAUCUUUGUUGUAGGAAAAUCAUAUAAAGGAAAAGUGUGUUUUACAAAACAUCUGUGGGAACAUAGCGUUUAUUGGGAGACAUUUGACGGCGUGAAAAAUCAAGAACGCGUCCUUUCAAUUCAGGCUGCAAUCAUUUUAUCCAAUCCGUUUCUUGAGUUCCUAUUGGUCACUUCCCCAAGCUCGCAAGAGAAGAAAAAGGAAGACAUUAAUAAGGCUAGUGAAAAUAGCAAACAACAACAGUCAAAGAAGAAAAGAAAACGACCUUAUGUAGCAUUCAGUAAAGUCCAAGACUAACAAAGCAAUAUUGUUUUGUAGGUUAUAAAUCUGUAUAUAAACUAUCAGGCUGAGCCCUUAACCACUGACUGUUCUGGUUCACAAUUCGUUCAAGCUAUUUAAACUUUUCAUCACAAAUUUAUAGAAUAAAUCGUUAUCUUCCACAGCAGAGCCAGAGAUAACACCAAAGUGUAUUAACAACAAAGUGUAUUAACAACAAGCUAUAUUUUAAAUUAGCGGCCUCUUUCCUGGUAUAAAAGAAAACCGGAAACUCUCUUGUGUUAUGUUUUGAUUUGAAGUACAUUUUACAGACCAAAUCAAGAAUAGCAAUUAAGUUUGGUGAUCUUUCGGCCUUCGUAAUUUCUAAUUGCUGUUUGAGAAAGCUGCAAUACAGUACUCAGCAGCUGUGCCGUAACUGUAUCAGCAAUAUUAAUGGCAUUCGAAGAAUUUUUGAAUUAAGGAUUGCCUGUCAACACACACUUCCUGUGGAUUACAUUUCUGGCUGGUUUUCAAAAGAACCGCAUAGUUAAGGAUGUCUGUAACUAAUCUGCUUUAAUAUCUAUUUCUGGGCAUGUAUAUACUAUAUAUAUAUUAUAGUUUUUACUUAUAGUUUAUAAAUCGUUACGAUUUGUUGAUGUGUAUAGCUAUAUUUGUCGAUAACAUGCACGUUUGUCAGAAUUUUGAUUUUCCUGAACGGGAAACUUGGCACACGCACCGAUUUUACAUUUUCCGGCCGACGCAUCAUAUGAUUUCGGAAUGCGUUUUUGAGGCAUUCUUGAGAAGUCGGCUUUACACACAGUUCACCUAUGGUGUAGUUGAAUACAAUUUAUUUGCGUACCAUUUUGGUUUAGAAAUUUACAGUUUUGAUGAACAGUGUCAGUGAUAGACUAAACAUUGAGCAUCACUAUGGGAUAACCUACAAACGGUAUUGUACUUGUACACUACUCACUAUUGGAUAAUGAUUAUUCUAAUGCAAUUCAUCGUACUAAAGGUCUGGCAACGUGACUCAAUUUGGACUAAAGCUCGAGCCGGCCGGCUGAAAAUAAAAUCGUACCGUGUGACUGUAAUUUUAGGCUUUUGUAAAGUCAUUGACAUUGUACAUAAAAUGUGAACAAAUUAGUUUAAAUAAUCAUGUAUUGUAUAAAUUUAAUUGCCAGUUUUGUUAGAGAUUCAAAUGUUUGUUGAAAAGUUCUAUUAGUAUUAAAUUUCAAGUUGCAUUGCAAAACGU